GAGAAAAGGCAGAACCAGAAUAGGGAUUGAUAGUGAGCUGAGCCAAUUCAAGCUGUGAAUUUGCAGCAGUGAUUCCAAGCCAUCCAAUUAGCACCAAUUAGCACAAGGACCUCUAAGGAAGACAGAUGGCUGGGACAGCACGUCAUGACAGAGAGAUGGCGAUCCAGGCCAAGAAAAGACUCACUACAGCCACCGACCCUAUAGAAAGGCUCCGACUGCAGUGCCUGGCCCGGGGCUCUGCAGGCAUCAAGGGACUUGGCAGAGUGUUUCGAAUUAUGGAUGACAAUAACAACCGAAGCCUUGAUUUCAAAGAAUUUGUGAAAGGAUUAAAUGAUUAUGCUGUAGUCAUGGAAAAGGAAGAGGCAGAAGAGCUAUUCCGGAGGUUUGAUAAAGAUGGCAAUGGAACAAUAGACUUCAAUGAAUUUCUGCUCACAUUAAGACCUCCAAUGUCCAGAGCCAGGAAAGAGGUUAUUAUGCAAGCUUUUAGAAAGUUAGACAAGACUGGAGAUGGCGUGAUAACAAUUGAAGAUCUUCGUGAGGUGUACAAUGCAAAACACCAUCCAAAGUACCAAAAUGGGGAAUGGACUGAAGAACAAGUUUUCAGGAAAUUUCUGGAUAAUUUUGAUUCACCCUAUGAUAAAGAUGGAUUGGUGACCCCUGAGGAGUUCAUGAACUACUAUGCAGGCGUGAGUGCGUCAAUUGACACCGACGUGUACUUCAUCAUCAUGAUGAGAACUGCCUGGAAGCUCUAAGUGUGUGACUUGGGGACCCCUGGGGAAAGCCACAUAGCUCCAAAUGAUUAAACCUCAGCUUAAAAACCAGGAUCAUAUUUGAUUUCAUGUUCAUCCUUGUGUUUCUUCCGUGUCAACACACUGCAUUUUUUUCUAGGGCUUGAAACCAGGCAGAAAUAAAGAUGUUAAGUAGUCAACUGUGGGCUUGUCUUCUCUGAGGCUGUUUCCUCCUUUGCUCUAAAACAGGAUUUAAAGUAGGAGAUCUGUAAA